AUGACCGCCCCUCGACUUGCACCGUUGGCGGCCGUAGAACGCCUGAGUCCGGCGUGCAUUCGCAUCCUGGGCGGCAACCCGGGCAAGUUCACGCUCCAGGGCACCAACACCUAUCUCCUCGGCACGGGCAGGCAGCGCAUCCUCAUCGACACUGGUGAAGGCCGCCCGGCCUGGGUCGCCUCGCUCCAGGAGACGCUGCGGGAGGAGAAGGCAGGGAUCAAGGCCGCCCUCAUCUCUCACUGGCACCGCGACCACACAGGCGGCAUUGAUCAUCUGCUUCGCAUCGCCCCCGAAGCCGUCGUCUACAAGAACGACCCCGGCCCGGGCCAGUCGCCCAUCCACGACGGCCAAAAGUUCUAUGCCGAAGGCGUUACCCUAACGGCGACACACACGCCUGGCCACACACGAGACCACACCGUCUUCGUCCUGCACGAGGAGGACGCCAUGUUGACGGCCGAUAACGUCUUGGGCCACGGUACCGCCGUCUUCGAGGACCUGGCUGCCUACCUCGAAAGCCUGGACAAGAUGAGCGGCCUCUUCGGCGGGCGCGCCUAUCCCGGCCACGGGCCCGUGGUGGAAGACGGCCCCGGCAAGAUUGUCGACUACAUUGCUCACAGGAGACAGCGGGAAGAGCAGGUGCUGCAUACGAUGGGGGCCAGUUACAACCCAGAGGCCGAGACGAAAACGGCCUGGAGAGCCAUGGAUUUGGUCAAGUCCAUCUACAGCGACGUGCCCGACGAGUUGCACGAGGCGGCACGCGGAGGCGUAAUGCAGAUCCUCGUCAAGCUUGAACGCGAAGGACGGGUGACGCGAGAGUGCCAAGAUGAAUGGCGGCUGUUGAGACACGAUGCGACGUCUUGA